AUGAGUGAAAAGACGAGAGAUUUAUUUAGUAGAUUGGAACAAUUCCAAUUGGAGCAGUUUCAGCAAGAAAUUCCAUCACAUCCUACCACCAGGGAUAAUUACUACUCAUAUGAAACCCCCCUUCAACAAUUUUCCCUGCAAGCAUUAGCACUGGAAACUAAUUUUGAUUCCAUAUUAUCAUCACCUAUAAACAUCAACAAGGUAUUCAAAGAUAACAUACGGGAUAAUGAAGAGUACGGGUUGGGCAUAACAUACUCAGACGACGAAGACUUCGAUUAUGAUCUUUAUUCAGGCACAAUUACCAGAGAUACUUCCAUCCAUUCUUUAAGUGUGGACUUAAAAGAUGUCACUAAAGAUUUGAACGUCUUGAAGCAAAGCAUAGAUAACAAUAAGUUGAUCUUGGAUUGUAUCGAAGACAUGUUACAUCAGGAAAAUGAACAGAUCAUGAAUAGUUUGAAUGAUAUCAUCAAUGACAUUCAGACGAGUGUAGCAAAUAAUACUGUAGUUAUAAGAGGGGAUUAUUUUAAUCGUUAA